CUUACUUAAUUUAUUAUCAUUCACUUAUUUUUCCUUCGGGACCCGACCCGACCCGAAUAGAGCGAAAUCGAUAUGGAUAAUUUGUAUCACCUGAUCUAGUAUUGAUUCAUUUUUUUUUCUCGAUCUCUGAAAAUAGAGAAUUUGUACUACCGAUUCGAGCUAAUUUAGUAUUUAGACGUAGUUAAUUGAUUGUUUUUUUAUCGAUCUCGGACCUGAAUAAUUUGUAUAACGUAUUCGAAAUGAUUUGGUGUUGAGGCGUCGUUAAUUGUUUGUUUGUUUGUUUGUUUGUUUAUCGAUCUCUGAGCUGAAUAAAGCGAAAUGGAUAUAGAGAAUUUUAUAUAAUUGAUUCAAUCUAAUUUAAUAUUGAGGUGUAGUUUAAUUGAUUACUUUUUUCUCGAUCGCUGACCUGAUAGAUAGGGAAAUUUGUACAACUGAUUUGAGCUAAUUUAGAGAAAUGGAUAUAUAGGGAAGUUUGUAUAACUGAUUCGAGCUAAUUUGGUAUUGAGGUGUAGGUAAUUGAUUUGUUUUUUUUAUUGAUCUCUGACCUGAUUAGCGAGACAUGGAUAUAUAGGAUUUGUAUUACUGAUUCGAGCUAGUUUAAUAUUGAGGCGUGGUUAUGGUUAGUUGAUUUUUUUUUUUUUUUUUGGUUUUUUUUGGUUGAGAUCUGAACUGAUUAGAGUGAAAUGGAUUUAGAGAAUUUGUAUAACCGAUUAGAGCUAAUUUAGUAUUGAGGUGUGGUUAAUUGAUUUUUUUUUAAUAUUACUUAAUGUUGAGACGUAGUUAGUUGUUUGUUUCUUUAAUAUUUCUUAAUGUUGAGACUUAGUUAGUUGUUUUUUUAUCGAUCUCUAUUGUGUAACUGAUUAAAACUGAAUUAGUAUUGAGACAUAGUUAGUUUUUUUUAAAAAAAUAUUACUUAAUGCCGAGACUUAGUUAGUUGUUUUUUAAUGAUCUCUAUUGUGUAACCGAUUCGAGCUAAUUUAGUAUUGAGGUGUAGUUAAUUGAUUGUUUUUUUCCUCGAUCUCUUACAUGAUUAGUGCGAAAUAGAUAUAGAGAAUUUGUAUUUAAUUGUUUUUUUUAAUCGAUUUGUGACCUGAAUAGAGAGAAAUGUAUAUAGAGAGCUGAUUUAGUAGUGAGGUGUAGUUAAUUGAUUGUUUCUUUCUCGAUCUCUGACCUGAUUCUAAACAAUGGCUAAAUAAUUAAAAAGCGGUUCGAAAAAUGGCCAUACCACCCAAUUAGUAGCCCCCCAUUAUUCAAGAUGGAUAAGGUGGACCAGAAGGUCAACCAUUUUUGACCAAGUACUCAUACCAAAUACCAACACCAUUUCUUCUCCAAUCACAAUUCACAAACAAACCCUAGAAUCCUUCAACGAACAAUGAACGACCUCGAAGCAAAAUCACCAUGGGGAAACAACCAGUUAAGCUGAAGGCAGUUGUAUACGCUUUAUCACCAUUUCAACAGAAAGUAAUGCCUGGUUUAUGGAAGGAUCUACCUGGUAAGAUCCAUCACAAAGUUUCCGAAAAUUGGAUUAGCGAGUGCACCAGUAAGUACUUAUUUAUUCUGUUUUCUUUUGCUUAAUUUAUUAUAAUUCACUUGUUUUUUGUUUGGGCUAGGAUUUGAAUAGAUAAAAAUGGAUAUGUAGAGAAUUUAUUUAACUGAUUCGAACUGAUUUAGUUUUAGGCGUAGUUAAUUGAUUGUUUUUUCUCGAGAUCUCUGCCCUGAUUAGAGGGAAAUGGAUAUAGGGGAUUUGUUACAAUAGGGGAUUUUGAUCAUUUGGGCUAGGAUCCGAAUAGAAAAUGUAUAGAGAAUAUAUUUAAUUGGUUUUUUUUCCCUCGAUAUCUGACCUGAUUAGAGUGAAAUGGAUAUAGUGAUUAAGGGUACAGGGCUUUUGUUCAAUUGGCAAAGGUAGGAGGUAUACUAUCGAGUAGAUAAAUCUAUAUAGGGAGUUUCGAUCUUCUGGGCUAGGAUCCGAAUAGAGAAAUGGAUGUAGAGAGAAUUUGUAUGAUUGAUUCAUGCUAAUUUAAUACUGAGGUGUAGUUAAUUGAUUGCUUUUUCCUUGAUCUCUGACCUGAUUAGCGCGAAAUUGAUAUAGGGUAGUCAUGGGUCCAGGGCUUUGGUUCAAUUGACAAGCUGAAACAGUGGAUUUCUCGAUAAUAAAGAAAUGGAUAUUAGGGAUUAUAUAGCUUACCCUGACUAAUUUAGUAUGGACUCUGUCCUAUGUAGAGCAUAAUGGUUAAUAUAGGUGAUCUAUGGCUGCAUGGAUUUGGUUAAAUUGGCAAAGGGGACUUAUGGCUCUAGGGCUUUGGUUCUAUUGGCAUAGGUAUGGGGCCAUUAUCCAUCGAGUUUCAAAACUGAAACAAUGAACUUCUUGAUCAACAUAAGGUGGACAAAGGGGAAGUAAUAGCUGAUCCAAACUAAUUUAUUAUUGAGGCGUAGUUAAUUGAACGUUCAAGUACUGAGCGGAUAUUCAAACGUAUAUUCGUGUGAGAGCAAAGGCUUAGGCUGAAAACUGAUUGAAGGCGGACCAAGAGUAUUACCUGUGAGAAUUUAUUAGGAUGGCUCUGGGGAACUUAUUGCUCGAGGAAUUUGGUACAAUUGGCAGAGGUAGUUAGGGGGCCUCUUGUCCACUGAGUUUGAAGCUGAAACAACAGAUUUCUCGGUCACAAGUCGUGGACAAAGGGGAUUUACCUAGCUGACUGUAACUAAUUUAGUACUGAUGGGUGGUUGAUUGUUGUUUUGCGUUGGGACUCUGAAAUGAAUAAUCUUAAUGAAUAUUGCAGAUUUAUAUAGCCAACCGGACCCCAACUAAUUUAGGAAUGCGGUGUAGUUGAUUGAUUGACUUUUUCCUGGGCUCUGACUUCACACCCUACCCUGUCUUUACCAUUUUUGUCUGCUUAGAGCCUUAGACUGCAUAGAUUGAUGUUGUUGAUUGUUUGAUCGAUUGCAUAUGAUAUGAAAAGGUUGGAAUUUUUGUUUUACUUUCAUAUACAAUUGUCUAUCGAAAACAACAUCUCUACCCUCACAAGGUAGGGGUAAGGCUGGGUACACACCACCCUCCCCAGACCCAACUUAUGGGAUUUCACUGGGUAUGUUGUUGUUCUUCUUGAUAUACAAUUCCUUGAUUAGAUUCAUGACCACGUGAAUCAUUUAUGAAGAGCCUCUGGAAAAGACUUUGAUUUGCUUUUUUGUUUACAUGAAAAACUUAGGCUUAAAUAUUGCCUAUUAAUCUAGUUUUCCUAGAUAUUGCUUACCUAAACCGUCCAUGGAGUGGUUAAUUCUAAUCAAACUAAUUUUGCGUCUGCUUAUUGGUAAGCCGAUUAUUCAGAGAAUUUCGAACCAUGCGCUUCUUGCCCUCAAGAAUUCAUUGAUUACAACAAUAACAUAAUACCCAGUUGAAUCCCACAAUGUGGGGUCUGGGGAGGGUAAAGUGUACGCAGACCUUACCCCCACCUUGGAAGGUAGGGAGGCUAUUUCCGAAAGACCAUCGGCUCAGAAGAAAAUAAGAAAAACAAGGGAAAAGAGUCAGAUGCGGACAAGCAAAUCAAAACAAUGCGAAAAUUAAAAAUAGCAAGAGCAACGAAGUCAUGAUAGAACAACAAAGAUAGACAAGACCAACACAUAGAAGUAGGCUAAAAAUACUCCUAAUACGAGAAAGGAAACCUCGCGGCCCCCACUAUCCCUCUACCCUGAUACUCGACCUCCACCCUUUCCUAUCGCCGGUCAUGUCCUCGGUAAGCUGGAGUAACGCCAUGUCCUGCAGAAUCACCUCUCCCCAGGCCUUCUUUGGCCUACCCCUCCCUCUCUUCAGGCUCACCACGGCUGUCUUCUCACACCUCCUCACUGGCGCAUCAGCGCAUCUCCGCUGCACAUGGCCGAACCACCUCAACCUCCCUUCCCGCAUCUUAUCCACCACAGGUGCCCCACUCACCUUAUCCCGAAUCACUUCAUUCCGAAUCCUGUCUCUCCUGGUGUGCUCGCACAUCCAUCUCAGCAUCCGCAUCUCAGCUACCUUUAUCUUCUGGACAUGCGCUUUCUUAACUGGCCAACAUUCCGUCCCAUACAACAUAGCCGGUCUAACUACCGCUUUGUAGAACUUUCCCUUUAGAAUAGGCGGCACCUUCUUAUCGCACAACACCCCCGAUGCGAGCUUCCAUUGAUUCCAUUAUAUAAUCAAGAAUUCAUUGAUUAUAUAAGAAAAAACACCAAGUAAUAAAAUGCAACUCUGAGUGAGGGAUGUAGCUUAGAAGUGGAACAUACUCCUACUCCUACUCCAUUACCCGGGCUUUAGUUGGGCUAUAAUACCUCAUAGAGAGAAUAGGCAUAAGACUACAGUCCUUUCAGAAAAAGGAAAAAAAAAACAGUACUAGUUUCAUUCCCUUCACAUAUUAUGAGUUGCACACCAAACUUGCUGAUGGCAGAUGCUACUAUAAGGAUUUAACCUCCUGAAGUUAAAUCCAUUUUGCUUUAAAAUAAACUCACAGACUGGAAAAGAUAUUGAAAUGGAUAUAUAGCUUGAUUAGUGGAGAGAUUUUUUUUUUUGAUGUAGUGAAGAUAAGUGGAGACUAAUUUUUAUUAGGAGUUGUCUGCUGUUUGAUAUCGUUCUGCCUGUGAUUUUGUUGUGUCUACCAGUUUUUUGGGACCUGUUCCCCCGGAGCAGAAUAUAAUGACAUGGAGGAGAAAGACAUGUCUAGAGGGUAAUGGAGCAGGUCCAUGUCCUAAAUUAAAUGAGCAGCUUUAUUAGAAUAAUUUUAAAACAUUAUAAGGGGAACAAAGAAGGGGAGCCUUGGCGUAACUGGUAAAGUUGCUGCCAUGUGACCAGGAGGUCACGGGUUCGAGCCGUGGAAACAGCCUCUUGCAGAAAUGCAAGGUAAGGUUGCGUACAACAGACCCUUGUGGUCCGGCCCUUCCUCGGACCCCGCGCAUAGCGGGAGCUUAGUGCACCGGGCUGCCCUUUUUUUUUAAUAAGGGGAACAAACAAUUUCGCGCUAACGGAUAAAUCUAUUUUGAUCAGCACGAAUAAUAUUUUAGAAAAAGAUGACAAGUUUACAACUCUGGUCUUAUAAAGUUUGCUU